AUGAAUCGCGUGGGCGGGUCGGUGUACGCGAACGCCAUGGCGCAGUUUGCGAUCUGCCGUCAGCCCUGGAACGAGUACAUUAACCUCCUUACCAAGCAAGACGCGGCGCCCUACCACGUCGAGCCGCAUGAUAAACCGGCCUACAGAGGGCGUAAGCGUGGACGCGAGGGUUGGCUUUUCGGUCAGCAGGUGCAGCUGCACUAUCACCGGUUUCCCGACGAGCAGCUGCUUACAAAUCUCACCCGUUGGCGCACAGGGGAGACGGUGGGUGACGUUGCCCUGCAGCAGUUUAGAAACGCCCAGCCUUUUGACAUUGAAGAUAAGGACCCGCAGGGGAUGCAACGCCCCUCACCGGAAGUGUACAUGAAACUAAACUACAAGAAUCCGGCCACCAUCUCUCGCUUCCUAACCCGCACAGGGCACAUGUACCCUGCAGAUAUUCUUCCACUCAACCCGGAGGCUGUUGUGAAGCUUCGCCUGGCAAAGGCACAAGCCAUACGAAUCGGCCUUUACCCGCGUUUUGGCAAUCCGUUCUGGUUCCGCUCGCAGAAGUUCCGGCCAAAGGCGUAUCAAGAGAACUACGAUCCUACGACGUACUCAACGAAGCACACGAUGGAGCACUUUGCCUACAAUUGGGUUCAGACAGACCGCAUUCGACGGUACUUCAAGGAGCUGGAUGCGUUGCAGAAGGAUGCGUCGACGGGUGCUCGCGGUGGAAGCGCCACGACGGCAGAGCAGAAGCAGCAGGAACAAUUUUACGCCCCGGAGAACCAGUCCAUCUCUAUGCACCGCAACAAUGCGUCGUACACGGCGGAUGUGGAGCGUUCCAUAAAGAACCCGACGGUUCCGGGUCUUAUGUCGACGAAGGGCAUGAAGAAGAAGUUCCACAACUUGUACUCCUCCACGUCUACGAAGCGGAUGGGAUUCUCCAACCCUACCUUGGGCAUCAAAAAGGUGUGA